ACUUUGGAGGCGCAAGUCGAGGGUCCCCGGAGAGCUCCGUUUUGAACGGCCGCAAGGCCAUGAGGAGUAUUCGGUCCGACCAGCCCAAGGCUGGCAUCGGGGCUGGAGGCGACCUGCGAUGCUGAAGGGUGCGAGUGGGGCACCGUCUCCGGAGGGCAGCACCAUGGCCAGGGAGGAGUGCAAGGCGCUGCUGGACGCGCUCAAUAAGACCACGGCGUGCUACCAUCACUUGGUGCUGACUGUGGGCGGCUCCGCGGACACGCAGGACCUCCGCGAGGAGCUGCAGAAGACCCGCCAGAAGGCGCGGGAGCUGGCCAUGGCCACCGGCGCCCGGUUGACGGUCGCGUUGCGCGACCGGGGCUUGGCGACCGAGGAGCGUGCGGAGUUUGAGCGGCUCUGGGUGGCCUUUUCGGGUUGCUUGGACCUGCUCGAGGCCGACAUGCAGCGCUCACUUGCGCUGGGAGCCGCCUUCCCGCUGCACGCGCCGCUCAGGCCGCUCGUGCGCACAGGGGUGGCCGGCGGCUCCUCUGCAGUUGCCGCGCGCGCCCUGAGCGCUCGCAGCCUGCGACACGAAGCCGAGGGCGACUUCGACGUGGCCGAUCUGCCCGAGCUGGAGCGCGAAGUCCUCCAAGUGAGCGAGAUGAUCGACGACAUGGAAAUGAAAGUCAACGUGCCCCGCUGGACUGUGCAGGCGCGGCAGGCGGCGGGCGCCGAACUCCUGUCCGGUGCCAGUGCCGGUGCCUCCUCUGCCGGUGGCAUUUCGGUAGAGGAGCGAGCGGGACCCUGCGACCCCACCAAGGCCCUGGCCGCCACUGUUUUCAGUGCUGUGCUGCUGGUGGCUGUGGCACUCGCCUUAUGUGUGGCAAAGCUGAGCUGACUGACACCCAACGGCCACCUGCUGCC